CUGUAGCACCACUAAAAACUACAUUUCCCAGAAGUCACUUGAAUCGCAGGUGCCCCGGCAACUUGUUGCCUCGUGAGGAAAGUAGGGGUGACCUCCGCAGUCACCCGAGUACAGGGAGAGCAGCUGUCAUUCUGAAAAACCAGCUGAAAAUGGCUGAGCCUAUUAGGGUCCUGGUGACCGGUGCUGCUGGGCAGAUUGCAUACUCUCUGCUAUACAGCAUUGCAAAGGGAGAUGUCUUUGGUAAAGAUCAGCCUCUCGUUUUGCUUCUGUUGGACAUCACUCCCAUGUUGCCUGUUCUGGAGGGUGUCGUUAUGGAGAUGCAGGACUGUGCUCUCCCACUUCUGAGAGAGGUCAUCCCCACUGAUAAAGAGGAUAUUGCAUUCAAGGAUUUGGAUGCUGCCAUCCUGGUGGGAUCCAUGCCAAGAAGAGAGGGCAUGGAGAGAAAGGAUCUACUGAAGGCUAACGUUGCCAUCUUUAAGUCCCAGGGGGAGGCCCUUGACAAGCAUGCAAAGAAAACAGUCAAGGUUCUAGUUGUUGGUAACCCAGCCAACACUAAUUGUCUGAUUGCGGCCAAAUCCGCCCCAUCCAUCCCCAAAGAGAAUUUCUCCUGUCUGACACGACUGGAUCACAACAGGGCUUGCUUUCAGGUGGCAAUGCGUUGUGGCAUUUCAGCAAACGUUGUAAAGAAUAUGAUAAUCUGGGGAAAUCAUUCAUCUACCCAGUACCCUGAUGUCCACCACUGCAAGGUGAAUGUGCAGGGGAAGGACGUGCCUGCCUUUGAUGCAGUGAAGGACGAUGCCUGGCUAAAAGGAGAUUUUAUUUCUACAGUGCAGCAGCGUGGUGCUGCAGUUAUUAAAGCCAGGAAGCUCUCCAGUGCCAUGUCAGCCGCCAAGGCCAUCUGUGACCACAUGAGAGACAUCUGGACAGGCACUGCCGAGGGUGAGUUCAUCUCUAUGGGUGUCUAUUCCACUGGAAACCCUUAUGGAGUACCUGAGGAUCUCAUUUACUCAUUCCCUGUUUCAAUCAAGGAUAAGACCUGGAAGAUUGUUGAAGGCCUGGCCAUCAAUGACUUCUCAAGAGCAAAGAUGGAUGCAACAGCAGCUGAAUUAGUAGAGGAAAGAGACACCGCUGUCUCUUUCCUGGGUGUGUGAAUAGAAACCCACUCUUAGAUGCCAAGAAAACUCCAGAAGCAUGUUUGUUAAACACUCCUGAAAAUCGUUUUCUUCCUCUGAAACUUUUACACAAAAACUAGAACUGUAUGUACUUGAAUUUCCUAUACCUUUUCAGAUGGAUUUUGUCUGAUAAUUCAGAACUGGAAUCUAGUCCAGCUGUCUAACAGGGACUUUGGUUGUUUCCUUUCUUGGUUUUGGUCUUCCACCAGAGCUUUCACGUAAAGAGAAAAAGUAGUCUAAAACAAGAUUUUAAUUAUUUCUAGACUGCCCUUUCCAAUCCAGAACUCCAUAAAGGAGGACCAGAGCCUGGAAAGGACUCAGAGUACAUGGAUUAGGUCUUUCUGUGUCAUUAUGUCAUUGUCCAGACUGAAAUUUCAGCUGUUACAUAUCUGACAGAAGUCAGAAAUAAUGAAGGAAUGUUUCUUGUUUUAAUUAUAUUCCUUUGGCAGUGUGGUUACUGUAAAAGAUGUCUAUAUGUAGAAUCCCGCAAUAAAAACCCAGACAUUAAA